GCAAAUUAAGUAGCACUAUCAUCUUAAGAAUUAUUCGUCUAGGGCAAAAUUCGUAUGGUAAAUAAAUAAGACUACCUAAAUUUUCACACGAUCCUUACCCUGACACGAGCUUGCAAGUGAGUGAUCUACUAAACCACUGCCCAACUAUUACUCCUUUGUGAUGAUGUGAUAAAGCAGAUUUGAGUUAUUAAGACCGUAAUAUUUUUCGUGAAGAGAGGAUCCGUUUCAGACAAUUCUACGUACACAGGCUUGGCUGCAUUUUGCAUGCAAAAAUACUGUAUGUAAGAUACAUGAACAAAUUGUUUACAUAGCUCGUGUAUCUCGUAAGCUUUAUUGCUAACUGACUGGACCGUUAUCUGUUGUGAAAGUAAAUUUAGGAAGCGAGUGUUCCGUGAAAGAUUUAAAAAAGUGAGGUGAACUGACUGACGGACGAAAGAGAAAUUGAUGUUGGACCGGUAUUUCUCAAUUACAAAUUCAUACAAAAUUUUGGUGAAGCCAGCUUGAUUGAACCUGUUUUGUAAAGAAGAAGAAUUGCAAUAGUGGAGCGUCGCAUUGGUUAAAUUUGGAAAACUGGAAAAUAAAAUAAUCCACCCUUAUUAUUCAACCUGCCAAAAAAAAUGUCAUCAUCCACAAUGACGAGAAGAGGAGCCGUGAGACGUUGUCGGAGUUUGAUAUCGGCCGAUAACACGUUAUCAUCAUUAUCCAGCAGCAGCAGCACUACUGCCGCCGCCCACAGUUCAAAUGACGCUCAAGAAAAAAAUCAGGGGGACGAGAGGACACAAUUCAUCCCCAAUUUGUUUUCGGGGAACAAAAACCAUGGACUGAUUUUUAGGAGGAAUUCUUCCAGGUCAUUAUCAUUUCCAUUCGCGUCUUGGACUGGGAGAUCUACCACCACCGCGGUCGUCAUGUCCUUGUUAACGUGCUGCCUCCUUCUAGUCAUCAAUUCACAGAUUGCCUCCUCUGAGAACAUCCCUGAUCAAAUAGCCAUGGCUGCCGAACACAGGAUCGGGCUUCACCCCGGCGGUGGUGGUGGUGGUGGCGGUGGGGGUGGGGGUCAGUAUGGUCCAGCACCGCCAGGAUUUGGCGGUGGAGGUGGUGGCGGCGUUGGUGGGCCACACCCCGCACAAGGAGGCGAAGUCGAGGCCUGGCCACUCCAAUCGGCGCAUGACAUGCCGCAAAUUAAGAUUCUUCAAGUUCAAUGCGAAAAAUCCCAUAUGCGCGUCAACAUCGAGUUUGAUCGACCCUUUUACGGAAUGAUUUUUUCCAAAGGGCACUACUCCGAUUCGCACUGCGUCCACUUGGCCCCCGGAUCUGGACAUCUCUCUGCAACCUUUGAUAUUUAUCUUAACGCUUGUGGAAUGACGUCGUCAGCCAAUAAUAAUGGUGGAUAUGGGCCAGCACCGUCCGGAACGUUUGUGGAGAACACGAUCAUCAUUCAGUAUGAUCCGUUAGUGCAGGAAGUUUGGGAUCAGGCGAGGAAAUUGAGGUGUACUUGGUACGACUUUUAUGAAAAGUCCGUCACCUUCAGACCUUUCCAGGUCGAUAUGCUGCACGCCGUUACUGCCAACUUUCUCGGAGAUAAUUUGCAGUGUUGGAUGCAAAUCCAGGUCGGAAAGGGACCAUGGGCUUCAGAAGUCUCCGGAAUUGUAAAGAUAGGUCAAACCAUGACCAUGGUGCUGGCAAUUAAGGACGACGAGAACAAAUUUGACAUGCUUGUCCGAAACUGCGUCGCACAUGACGGAAAGCGUGCUCCCAUCCAAUUGGUUGAUCAAUACGGAUGCGUAACUCGACCCAAGAUUAUGUCACGAUUCCAUAAAAUCAAAAACUUUGGGGCGUCAGCUUCUGUCGUGUCAUACGCCUAUUUCCAAGCCUUUAAAUUCCCCGACAGCAUGAACGUCCAUUUCCAAUGUGUCAUCCAAGUCUGUCGCUACCAGUGUCCUGAACCGAAAUGUGGUGGAGAGGAAGUUUACGGUCCUCCCGGGUUGGGUGGUCCUAUCGACCCCCGAAUCCCACACGGUGCUUACUCCGAAGCAAAAGAAAACGUCGCCGCGUCCCCAUCGCCCGCCGGAAAUGACCAAAGUUCCGCUCAAAGUGUUGUUAAACCCGUUCAAGUGCCACCCCCACAACCGCAACACCAACAACAACAGCAAAUUGGACACGGACCACCCCUUCCCGUCUUCAACAAGCCACACCCACUCGGCGGACCACUGCCUCAACCCAGCCACGUCAUGUUGCCACCACCCCCACGCGGUCCGUUCCCACCCGGCUAUCCCAACGUCAAGAGGGAAGGAACCGUCGCGGACAAUGAGGAUGACGAGGAGGAAGAAGAGGAAGAAGACCAACCACAACAAUCCGUCAGCGGAGGUGGACCAUCCUUCGCCGCGUUGGGAGGAAGACCACGAUCCGUCGAUUUUGAUAAGGCUGAACGUAUGCCGAGAGCUCAUGACCUUUCCCCAAGUGCGAGGAGACGACGUGAUAUUGAGAAUAUCGGGGGAAAUCCGGACCAUCAAUUUUUCACCGUUCAUAUUAAUCACGUUUAUAAGAGGAGUGCACAGGAAAUGACGGAUGUUGAGACGACGCGAGUUAUUCAGGUCGUGGCUCCCGGAGAUGUCGCAUUUUCCUUGGGAUCCAACAACAACUCCACUUCCCAAGACUCUGUAGUGAUUGAAUCUUCUUCUCGUGGCGAUAUUGAUGGAAUUUGCAUGUCAGUGUCAUCCUUUGUUGUCGGAUUGGUCAUGCUUCUCCUCCUCCUCGUCGUCGCGUCGCUCGUCGCCGCAUUCCUCUUCGUCCGAGUGAGGUCCAUUCACAGGAAAACGGCCGUCUUUGCGGGCGGAUUUGACAAUCCCGAAUAUCUGAAACAUUCCAUCGGUGUCGUUCCAUCAAGCUAAAUUAACUUAAUCUACUUAAUAAAUAUUUACGUAAUGAGUAAUUAAUUAAUUACUUAAUAAAUUAUUAUUUUUUGACUGGAUUGUGCUUCUAAAAAUGAAAUAUGUUAUACUUUGUUUGUGUACGUACGUACGUACUUAUGUACGACUUUUUAUACAUAUUUACUUUCUCCUGACCUGCAUUUCGCUAUAUUUACAUGUCUGAAUAUUUUUUGUACCGUGUUAUUUACGUUUGUGUGACCCUUUCUCGUAGUAAAAAUCAUGCAUGGAUAGUAUUAUUUUGUGUAACUGUCACUUUUUUGUACUAAAUUGUUACGUUUUCAGAAUUAUUUUAGUUAUUUUAAGUAAGUUCGAUUAGCAGAGGGUAAGUAUUUAUUUUGAACAUUGCAAUUUUGUAAAAAAAACGUACUUAUAACUUAUGAGCUUUGGGGCCGGAAUGUUUGCGAUUUUUAAUAAGUAAAAGUGUGCAUAUUACAAUAUUAUUUGUAAUUUUUUAGUUUUUGAUAAAGGAAAAUUUCGAUUGAUGAAAAUUAGAGGGGUUGAAUUGUGGCCAUGCAUUUUAUUUUGCAAAUUAAAACUGAGAGGUAUUUGCAAAACUGAUUUGCAGUAGAUUUAAUACAUAGCUAAUAACUGAUACACGAUAAAAUAAUGCAAAAUUAUACGAUUAAUAAGUAACUAAUAUAAUUAAAAGUAAUUAAUAUCUAUAAUUCUUAGCUGUAAUUCAUAAUUGUCUAGAAAAUAGUUUUAAGUAUUGCAGAUUUGCACUCACGUCAUUUUUGCAGACGGUGGAAUAACAGGGGUUAAGAUGAUGCUUAGUUUUGUAUGAAACUACUAACAAUUGUAAUCAUAAUUAAUUAAUUUGUGUGUAUAUAAUUAACGAUAAUGUUGUAUUUUCUUUGUUAGGACUUUAUAACUCACCAAUUAUUGAUUAGAACAACAAGAUAAAACUUUCUACCGAAUUAACGUGUAAGUAAAUAUGAAAUCAAUCAUGUAAUCAAUACUACUACAUAUUUUUGCAUUAUUAAAAUAAAAUGAAAUAUGAAAACCA